ACCAAACCAUAAAUAUGAUGUGAAUGAAAGGUAUUGUGAAUUGUGAUAUCGAAUUCUCCUUGUCUCUGCCAAAUUACAUCAUAGAAAAAAUGUGUUUGCUAUUCCUUAUCGGGGAGUAAACGCAGUAACCACAAAUAAUAAGUAGAUGAAAGGUGGACUCUUAAUUUCCUGUUACAUUCCCGCGGGAAAUUCGAAUAUCAGGAGGAAGCUCUUUGAUGAUUCUCACUAAUAUAAUGCAUUGAAUCAGACGGACUCUGCUUAACUCUGUUCUCAAAACAAUUUUUCUUCUUCCCAGUUUCCCGACCUUUGAUUUGAAUUGAUUCCCCCCCAAUUGCUGCUCUAUCUUCUUCUAGACUGCAGACAUGCAGGAGAAAGGAGCCAACUCCCCGACAUCCAAGUUCCAGCCGUUACCGUGGCUUUCCCUGGUGAGCCCACGGCAGCAGCAAUGGCGGUUCAGAUUUUGCACUGCUCUGGUUUUCCUGGGCUUGCUGAUUGUUUGGAACAUGGACGCCUCUACCGUAAGCAGCAUCAUUGAGUCUUCUUCAAGUUUCAAGCAGCAGCUAUACCUGUCCAUGAAUCCCGGUGGCCGCGGCGGCGGUGGUGCGAAAUGGGCGAAGGUGGAGCUCGAGCCGAAUUUCACUUCGGCCUUCCUGUCCCGAUUGCAGGCUCCCGGUGGCAACAAUAAACUAACGGCGGAGAUUAUGAUUCCGGGUCUCGACAACGACAAGGGUGUCGUUGAGCUGACCGCCGGAGAUGCUCACGUCUUGGUCUUCCAGGCAGUGGACGAAUCCUGAAACCGUCGGUGCUCCGGCGGGGAUUACUUCGAGUCGGACCUCUUUGGCGAGUCAUGGAAAUCUCGUCCUCCGGUGAAAGACUUGGGAAACAGAAAUUACACAAUCACCCUCCAAGUACACCCCAAUUUCGCCGGCGAUUACGUCCUCACUCUCAUCCUCCUCUACCGCCACUUCGAUGGUCUCAAAUUCCUGCCGACCAGAUCCGCCGUGGUCCAGACACUGCGAAGCCUCCGAAUCAAAUUCGUCACAACAAGCAAUGCCGCCGAAUUACCACAGUUGAAAACCUGCAGCGAAUCCGAUUUCACCAGAGAUUUAUGGGUUGGGAGAUGGACCGGGUGUUAGGAACGGAACAACAAAAGGAACGAGGUUAC